AUGACGAAAAGACGUCAAUCGUUAGUGUACCGUCUACAUGAAUCAUUAGUGAGGCGGAUUGUAUGUAAUUGGAAUUAUGUAUACAACAAAAAAAAUCUAAAAAAAAAAAUUCCGGAUGCACAUCUCGAUGAACUGUCGAUUUACUUCUUUGCCCUUUGCGAUGCUUUUCAUACGCCAAAAAUAAAUAAUAAAAGCACAACGAGAAUAAUCACGUUUGAUAUCUCAAUAGUCAAAAAAUUCUAUCAUAUCCUGAUAUCCAAAAUAAGACUUACAUUUAUACUCAUCGUCUACAUUCAGCUAACAAUGGCUCGAAAAAGUUUUGGAAAUGUUAGAGAAAAAAGAAGAGUUUCUGAGCUUUUAAAAAUUGAAAAACACACUGAGAUAUUCGCUUCAAUGUGUCCAGAUGAAAUUUUAGAUCAUUAUAAUGAUUAUAGUACUAGAGAAUAUUAUACAACAUUGAUGCUGGGAGAUAUUUCAGGGUUUACUGAAAUAACAGAAAAGUAUACACGGUCUGGAAAAAGUGGUCCAUCAAAAUUAACAGAGACACUUAACAGUUACAUCGGUCCAAUAGUCCAAGAAAUUUUGUCUCAUCACGGAGAUGUUUUAAAAUUUUCGGGAGAUGCAUUUAUCGUUAUGUGGAAGCUACAAGAAGGAAUGAUAAUGCGAGAUAUGGCGACAAAAGCUAUGCAGACAGCUUGUAUAAUUCAAAAACACUUUGGAACUUAUAGUACCGAUAUUGGAGUUACUUUAAAAGUAAAAUUAGCCAUUGCUUCUGGAAAAAUAAAUUUUACAUCAGUUGGUGACCCGCAGCAGAUGUCUCAUUACAUUAUAACUGGUAAACCUGUCUGGGAUGUUAAACAUGCAGAAACUCUCUGCAGAGGCGGUGAUAUUCUCGUGGCUCCAAGUAGUUGGCAAUGGGCCAAUCCAAGCGAUUAUGUCUUCAAAAUUCUUCCAAAUCGACACACACUUAUUUUAGCGAGUUCAACAAUGUGGGAGCACUCUAAAGAGGAUUACAAAGAUGAAUCGUGGAUUUCUUCUCUAGAUAGUGAUAAAACCAACUCGACAGAAACUAUAGGAGACGAUGACAAUCCGUACGAUAAAGAUUCCUCGCCAGUAGUUCGAUCCGUUGAAUUGAAUGAACCACUGGAACAUCUUGCUGAAAUUCGUCAGGUUGUAAUUGUUUUUAUAAAUGUUGUUACUGACAGCAACGUCAAAAAAAGAACUUUAAUUUCUAUUGUUAACAAAGCUUUCAAGCGUGUCUGUGGGAUCGUUGAUAAACUUCAAGGAUGUGUAAAUAAAGUAUCAUUAUUCGACAAAGACCUUAUGUUUCUAUGCAUCUUUGGUCUUAGAGGUGGCAAACAAGAAUUAGAAGCUCAAAUAGGACUUCGCUGUGCUUCAAAGUUGAAAAGUGCGUUAUCUGCUUUUGAAAAUAUUAAUUCUGUGACUGUAGGAGUGUCAACUGGUAUGACUUACUGUGGAGUUGUGGGUCAUACUCUAAGAAGAGAGUAUACUGUUAUUGGAAUGCCAGUCAAUAAAGCUGCUAGGCUUAUGGUUGCUUAUACUAAUAAAGUUGUUUGUGACAGAGAAAGUUUUCUUUAUUCACGGCUUGAAUCUGGACAUUUUAUUCUACAAGAAGCCAAACAUUUAAAAGGAAUUUCAAAUGUCGGUCCUGUAUAUGAAUUUCUUGAACAAGUCCAAGUUCAAGAUUCAGAAAUGACAACAGCAGUGUAUCCAUUACUAGGCCGGACAAUACAAUUGAAAUUAUUUGAAUCGUUAUUGACU